GCCCCUGCAAUGCUUCAUGGUGGCCUCAGAGAGAGUCUGCGGCUUGAUAAACAUCCGGACGGGCUUCCUUUCGCAGGAUCAAGGUCUGGCUUCCCAGGUGUGCCUCUUGUUUGUUUGUAAACAAAUUCUUCCUGAUUCCAGCAUUUUGCGAUCCUCGAUCGGCCUUCGUCACUGUUGAGUAAUUGCAUCUUCUGCAGCACUUCCCCUAUCUACAGCACGAUUUAUCCAAACGACCACGACUUUCUACACGAAAUCCCAUCUCGCUUCUCCCCCUAAAUGGCUGCCAAUCCCAUCACAGCAUACAAACAUCGAAGCGUGGAGCACCAGGUCAUGGCUGCCUCAAGCCAACAACAAAAUGACAGCGGCGAUGCCUGCAGCAUGGCAGAGUCAGCUGGGGGUUCCGUACUUCGAAGCGAGGGCGAACCAAAGCGAGUCAAGGCAUGUGCUGCAAGUCAGACCAGGAAAGCUGAUUCUCCAUUAGCAGCCAAACGACCCGUUGUGCUCAUUACCUCUCAUACGCUCAUGGGCCACUUAUCACCAAUGCUGCGUAUCGCAUCCAAGCUGGUUGAGCGUGGCUGGGUGGUCGCGUUCCUGGGGCCAACGGCACAUAAAGCACGCAUUGAGUCCAGCGGCGCCAAGUUCAUUCCACUUCAGGGAGCUGCAGACCUCUUCGACAAGGAGUACUACGCAAAACCCCCAACUCCCGGCUAUGCGGGUUUGCACUGGAGUUGGAGAGUAUGCGAGGAUAUACGACACCAACUGAUUGAGCCACUGCCGACUGCCUGGGACUGCUUCAAGGUUGCACUUUCAGAGGUGCAGCAGGAUGGCUCUGAGAGCCACCAUGGCCUAGGAAAUGAAGUCAUCCUACUCACAGAAGCUUUCUCGUGGGGAGUCCUACCCAUGUUCUACGGGGCUGCCCUACCGGAGGGAGUCAGAGCGCCAUUGGGCAGUGUGUGUAUAUCAGUCACAGUGCCUGCCAUUCGCAGCGCGGAUCUUCCGCCAAUGGGCUAUCCUUUUCCUUACGACCCUUCUCCUGCAGGACGAGCGCUGAAUCAGAGGCUUUGGGCCAAAAGCUGGACUCGUCGCGCCGAACCGUUAACAACGCUGCUGGACGAGAAGCUCCUCGAGGCUGGGGCUACAAGAUGCUGCACUGAGCAUGAACGGCCGCUCCUUUCGGGGGCCAAUUACCUUGUGCAUGACGCGAUCUUGCAGCUUGGGGUGCCUGGGCUUGACUACCCACGGAGUGACUGGCCGCCGCACUUUCGUUUCAUCGGCCUCGCGCAAGGAGGAUCCCUCUCUAACAACAAGAGCCUUGAGGAGGUGGAUUUUCCUUGGUGGGACGAGAUACUGGCCAAUUCAAGUCGGCCAGCUGGGUCGGCUCUGCGUAAAAAAGUGCUCGUGGUAGCACAAGGCACGGUAGAAAUCAACCCCCACGAUCUGAUCAUUCCAACAUUGCAGGCAUACGCCGGCUGUGAGGACAAGGUCCUGGUAGUAGCUAUACUCGGGUGGAAGGAUGCCACCCUUGACGACUAUCUCCGCCAUUUCCCGGGCAACAGCCUCCCAGGUAACGCGCGGGUUGCCGAUUUCCUGAACUACGACACGGUCCUGCAGCAUGCUGAUGUGUGGAUACAUAAUGCUGGUUUCGGGGCUCUGUGUCAUGGAAUAGCCAAUGGAGUGCCUAUGGUUUGUGCAGGAGAAGGGAUGGACAAGGUGGACAACUCGCGACGGGUGGCGUGGGCGGGAGCUGGCGUGGAUGUCGGGACUCAGACCCCAAAUGCGGACAUGGUGAGGGCAGCCGUUGACAGGAUUCUGAGUGACGAAGAAGGACCACGCUUCAAAGCCAAGAUUGCGAAUUUGCAGCAGCAAAGCAAAGCGCUCGGCUGCAUCGACGCAGUCGAGAGCGAGCUCCUGAAAUUAGCACGCGAUGAGACAGGCCCGAGACGCGGGAUAUAGAGAUAAAUCCGAGUUCCAAUAUAUAGAGGCUGGUCCACCACCAAAAACGCCAAUAUCCGCGGCAAGCUCUCUUGUCUGAAAGCUUACAUGAGUCAAAGGAAUUGGUAAUCGCUUUAAAAAUCUGCCCGGUGCGACCUUUGCCUUGCUUCUUGCGGAAAACCUGGGCCGGAUGUGGGUAGAUGUCGGCGAUUCCAUGAUUGAUGGUUGAACUGAGGAUGUGCAGCCCUUGUGGUCCGUGUGGUCCGGGUGGUCCGGGCCGUGGACGAGAG